GUUUGAUGUUGCCUAGGCGACUAGCCUGUUUUGUUUUGGUUUCUCUUCUCUACAUACAUAGAGCCUACUGUCAAAAAAAUGUUACAAUCGUUAAAGUCUCUUGGUUUUCAAGUCUAUACUUUCUUGCUAGAGAUAUACAUCUAUUUAUAGUUAUUAAUAUACAUAGACUUAGUUGAAGUUUAAUUACUUACUGAACUUUUUUACAAAAAUGCAUUGAUUUUACAAUGCGAUCCGUACCGGCUUGGGUUGACAAAGUUCAGGACCGUGAUAAGUUAGAACAGUGCAUUUAUGAUCUUUGUUUCAACCCAGAUGGAUCUCAACUAGUAGUGGCUGCUGGUCAAAGAGUAUUGGUUUACGAUACAAGUGAUGGAUCUCUUAUUCAGCCUCUAAAAGGCCACAAAGAUACAGUCUAUUGUGUCUGCUAUGCGAAAGAUGGAAAAAGAUUCGCAUCGGGGAGUGCUGACAAAACUGUUAUCAUAUGGACAUCGAAGCUGGAAGGUGUUCUCAAGUAUUCACACAGCGACGCGAUCCAAUGCCUGGCCUACAAUCCUGUGUCGCAGCACCUGGCCAGCUGCGCAGUGAGCGACUUUGCACUGUGGUCAGCCGAGCAGAAGGCGGUCACCAAACACAAGAGUGGGGGCGGCCGCAUCAAUGCCUGCUCGUGGACCAAUGACGGCCAGUACCUGGCGCUAGGCCUUGCAUCGGGCAACGUGUCCAUCCGCAACAAGGCCGGCGAGGAGAAGGUCAAGAUAGAGCGGCCGGGCGGCGCCGAUGCGCCCAUAUUCGCGCUCGCAUGGAGUCCACACAAGGAAGAUAGCUAUGAUAUUCUGUGUGUGACCGACUGGGGUCAUAAUCUCUCUUUCUACUCUCUGAAUGGAAAAAUGGUAGGCAAAGAGCGAAACCUUGGAUUCGAGGCGCUGUGCGUGAGCUACUUGAGCCGCGGCGAAUACAUGCUGGUCAGUGGGUGCAACGGCACCUGUCAGCUGAUGACCCGCGAUGGCAUCAAGCUGGGAUUGGUCGGAGAGGAGCACCAGUCCUGGGUGUGGUGUUGCGCCGCCAGGCCCGACUCCACAUAUGUCGCGGUGGGUUGCCAGGAUGGAACAAUUGCUUACUACCAAAUGGUCUUCAGCACUGUACAUGGCCUAUAUAAAGAAAGAUACGCUUAUAGGGAAAAGAGAUUACAAAGUUUGACUUUUGAAGGAGUGAAGGAGAGAGAGUGGCUGAUGGACUCGCCAAUCCGCUACAUCAAAGUGGUGGGAGGGCCCAGUGGUCGCGAAGGACUCCUCUUGGGUCUCAUGAGUGGCCAGGUUUUAAAGAUUUACUUGGACAAUGCAUUCGCUGUGAGCCUAUUGAAAGCACAGGCGGGAAUAAGGUGUCUUGAUCUCAGUGCUUCAAAGAAAAGGCUGGCAAUUGUUGACGAGAACAACCAGUGUGUUGUUCAUGAUAUAAACACCAAAGAAAUGCUGUACCAGGAGCCAAAUGCGAAUAGUGUAGCUUGGAAUGCGGCUUGUGAAGAAAUGCUCUGCUUCUCUGGCAAUAAUUUCCUUAGCAUCAAAGCCAACAAUUUCCCGGUCCAUCAACAGAAACUGAUGGGAUUUGUGGUUGGAUUUUGCGGAUCCAAAAUAUUCUGUCUCCACGUGUCAACAAUGUCCACCAUUGAAGUGCCUCUCUCGGCUCCCAUGUAUCAGUAUUUGGAGAAGAAACUAUUCAAUGAAGCAUAUUCAAUAGCAUGCUUGGGCGUGACUGAAGGAGAUUGGAAAUCUUUAGCGCACUCAGCAUUGGAUAACCUCGACUUUGAAGUGGCCAAAAAAGUCAUUCGGAUGAAGGAUCUCAAACAUUUGGAACUGAUCAGUGAAUUUCAAGAAAGGAUGAGAAAGGGCGAAAGAGAAAAAGAACUGUUUUUGGCCGAUAUUCUCGCUUACAGAGGAAAGUUCAAGGACGCAGCUCGCAUGUAUCAGAGAUGCGGCCAAGACCACAGAGCAAUGGCCAUGUACACAGAUCUUCGAAUGUUCGAUUUAGCUCAGGAAUUUCUUGGUUCAAGUGACAUUGUGGAUCGUAAAGCACUGCUCAGGAAGAAGGCUGAUUGGGCACAAAACAUAAACGAGCCCAGAGCUGCGGCUGAAAUGUAUUUGUCAGCUGGAGAUACAAUCAAGGCAAUUCAUAUCAUCGGCGAGAAUGGAUGGAUUGAUAUGUUGAUUGAUGUGGGGAGGAAGCUUGACAAGGCCGAAACGGAAUGCAUUAGAGCUGUGGCUGAGAGACUGCGCCAGCUGGGAGCACUGGAGCACGCUACCGAGAUGUAUCGCAAACUCGGCGAGGAACGCAGCAUCGUGAAGCUGCAUGUCGAGGCCAGCAACUGGACCGAGGCAUUCGGCCUCGCCGAGCGCCACCCCGAGUACAUGCACCUCGUCUAUGUGCCCUAUGCCCAGUGGCUGGCCGAAAACGACAAAUUCAUUGAGGCUCACAAAGCAUUCCAUAAAGCGGGAAGACCCGAGGAAGCAUUCGCCGUUCUGCAUCAGCUAACAUUGAAUGCAGUUGACGAGAGCCGAUUCAAUGAUGCCAGCUACUAUUAUUGGGUGCUCAGUAGGCAGUGCCUGGAUAUUGCUAACCAGAGGCCAGACCAAAAAGACGAGAUGCUAUCUAGAUUUGCAGAGCACGAGAAGUAUGCUUCCAUCUAUUAUGCAUUCCACACAAUUCAGUGCUAUCUGGAAGAACCAUUCACAUCGUAUCAACCCGAGGCGUUAUUCAAUAUAUCAAGGUUUCUAAUGUAUGAAACGAAAACAGCUCAGCCCAAAGGUGUUUCACAAUUUGCUAUUCUGUACGCAUUGUCGAAACAAGCGAGAAAUUUGGGUGCUUUCAAGUUAGCUCGACAAGUUUUGGACAAAAUGCAGAGUUUCCGAAUACCUCCACAGUUCCAGGAUAACGUGGAUGUGGCGUGGUUGAUGAUCCGCGCCAAGCCCUACCAUGACAACGAGGAGCUGCUGGUGAUGUGCUACCGCUGCUCCACCUUCAACCCGCUGCUCACCUCUUCCAACUGCGGCAACUGUUGCACCAACUGUCGCCAACCUUUCGUCCACUCUUUCGUAUCUUUCGAGGUUCUGCCACUCGUUGAGUUCCAGCUAGAGAGUGGGAUCAGUGAGGAGGAAGCUAUGAGACUACUGGAGACUCCAGCUCCUAAUCAAGGUCAGGAGGGCUGGAGUCAGAGAAUUGAGGAGAAUUUCCAGACUAUGAGGCUGGAAGAGGAAAGUCCCAUCAUGACUGAUCAGUUCACUGCUAAGCUCAUGAAUUUUGAGACUGGUUCGGAUGUGUUUGUGCCGGUGACAGUGAACCGAGCGACCCUGCUGUCAAUGGAUGCAAGCACUGUGCUCGUGUGCCGGUGGCCCCCGCCCCUCAGGGCGCAGUACUACAGAAACCUCCUACCUGAAUUACAAAUAACCCUUUGUUCCUCGUGCAAUAAGGUGUUCCACGUUGAUGAUUUUGAAAUGAAGAUUCUUCAGAAUGGCCAUUGUCCCUUCUGUAGGACCAAGCCAGACACCUAUAACAUAGUAAAUGAACAAGAAAAUGGUGGAUUCAUGUAGGUCUUAUUUGUUUAUAUUAGCUUUUGGAGCUCAACAAUAGACGUUCUCUAUUGAAAUAGUUGUGAAAAGGCGAGUAAUGUCCAAUUCCAUCAAUUAAAUGGUAUUGAAUAUUAAUCAUGAAAUACUCGAUUGAUGAAACAUUAUUUUUAUACUUUAAAUUUUAUAAUAGAUAAUAAUACGUUGAAAAUGUACAAUAGAAGCGAAGGAUUCGCUCCUUUUUUAUUCAAUCGUUGAUAUAAUCGGUUGUUGAUAAUUCAAAAACCUAGGUUAGGUACGACUACAGUAAUUAAAACCACAGUAUGGCCAUUGACUGUCAAACUUUUGAUUGGCUUGCUCGAUCACGUGGUACAAAUCCGCCAUUAGGACUCGUAACAAACUUUAUAAUCAUAUCUUAUUGCAUUGAAAACUUGAAACUUUUCUUCUACCGAACUUAUCUUGGAUCACUCCUUCUACCGAUUGCAAACAUAUUUUGAAUUUACCAUGAUUUUGGUAUAGCAUUUUCGAAGGUAAAUUUAUUGUACUUUAAUAGAGCAAAAAAACACUAAUAAACCGCAAAACAUCAAUCCUCCAUAGCUUUUGCAAACCACUUAUUGGGAACCACUGAUCUAGAUAAAUAUGCCGAUGAAUUUCAAUUCAUGAAAUAUUCAAGUGCUGAUUAAAGACUUCUUGACUUUUC